CAUUUUAUUAUUGCACCUGAAUAUACUGUGUGAAAAUUAUAUAAAAAUAUCAAGAAAAAGGGUACGCGUAUGCAUAUAUAUAGAGACAUUCAAGAAUAAAGCACCGUCGUGGCUGAGAUUUAAGAGAGUUGGCAAGUUGCAAUGGCCACCCUUCUUCGGCUGCUUCUCCUCCCCCUCCUCAUCUUUGCAGAUUCAUUUGUUAGUAUCAGCAGCCUCGGAGUGGGAAUUAAUUAUGGCCAGAUUGCCAACAAUCUUCCGUCACCGUCACGUGUCGCCUAUCUCCUCGGAUCUCUCAAUAUAAGCAGAGUGAAGCUUUAUGAUGCCGAUCCAAAUGUCUUAACGGCAUUCGCCAAUUCCGACGUAGAAUUCGUCGUCGGACUAGGAAACGAGUACCUGCAGAAGAUGACUGAUCCAAAUCAAGCUCAAGCUUGGAUUCAGCAGCACGUCCAACCUUACAUUUCUCAGACCAAGAUCAAGUGCAUCACUGUUGGAAAUGAGGUCCUAACGGGAAACGACACUCAGUUAAUGUCGUUUCUCCUACCAGCAAUGCAGACUGUUUACGGGGCUCUUUCGAACCUUGGACUGAACAAGGAGAUUUAUGUCACAACAGCUCAUUCAACUGGAAUCUUAGGCAAUUCGUUUCCACCUUCUGCCGGAGCAUUCCGGCAAGAUCUUGCUGUGUAUCUCCAGAGCAUUCUCAAUUUCCAUGCACAGACGAACUCGCCGUUCCUUAUAAAUGCGUAUCCUUUUUUCGCUUACAAGGAUAAUCCGGAUCAGAUUUCGCUGAGCUAUGUGCUUUUCCAGCCUAAUCCGGGGACGGUCGACCCAAUCACAAACUUGCAUUAUGAUAACAUGUUAUAUGCACAAAUUGAUUCCGUUUAUUCAGCCAUUAAAGCAAUGGGCCAUACAAAUAUACAAGUUAAAGUCUCCGAGACAGGUUGGCCAUCGAAAGGGGAUCCAAACGAGGUAGGGGCUACACCAGAGAAUGCUAGGUUAUAUAAUGGUAAUUUGCUGAGCAGGAUAGAGCAGAACCAAGGGACCCCUGCAAAACCAUCGAUACCGAUAGAUAUAUUCGUUUUCGCGCUCUUUAAUGAGGAUUUAAAGCCUGGUCCAACAUCUGAGAGGAACUAUGGAUUAUAUUAUCCUGAUGGAACUCCUGUGUACAAUAUUGGGUUGCAAGGUUAUCUUCCGAGAAUGGACUAUUCAGCUUCGGAGAAGAACGUCAUAUUUUUCUUCAGUUUCCUCCUUCCGAUAGCUUUCUUCAUAUGUACUUUAUAGCGCGCUGAAAGUUAACUCAUUGGUCUGACAAACAAAUUAGUGAAAAGAAACUAUAUAGAAAACAGAGUCCCUGACGUUCCUCAAAGCUUAGACCAGUUCUUUGCGGUGGGAAAUUUAAAGGUAAAGCUGCCGAUCUAUUCAUCUCUGCCGGAGAGAGGUUCUACUCUACCUUGUAACCCUCCUGUAGUAGUAGUAGGACUGUUGUAGACAUAGAUUAUUCAGAUGCAAUUUGAUUAAAAAUAGGUUAUUUGUUGAGACAAACAGAAAAUAAGGAGGAGUCUUUCUACUGGUGACUCUCAGUUGGAUAGAGAUGAUGUUUAAUGCUACAUUUGACCUUCAUGAUACUACGAUUUUUAACUAACAUCAA